AUGAAAAGAGAUAUCGCAAUAAACGACUCGGAUGACGAGACCAGUGAGGGACAGUGGCCUUAUGAUGGUGAUGACGUGAGCUUCGAUGGAGAAAAAAGUGACAGGUUUGAUGUUGGUGAUCACAUCAACUUAUCAUCAGGAUUCCUUCUCGAUAUUCUCUCAGACCAGCCUGUGCAGCUUGAGCCAACCGCUUCCGCGAGUCACGGACCUCCAUCCAAGCUGACGUCUGACACUGCAACUUCAUCGACGACACCAAUGGAUGACGAGUGGGAGACAUGGGAGUCUGUAGACGUCAAAAAGCUGGAGCUUUCGGGGGCUCUGCCCCCGAACCCCCGUCAGUAA